AUGAUUCUGGAAAAAGAAGUGGACCUGAUUGGCCUUUGCGAGAAGAAUCCCGAACUGGCGAAUGGUAUCGUUCUGGGCGUUUCAGCUCAUCCUUAUGUCUAUAAGAAGACCUUUAAGAAGAUUCCAUAUGCGUUGUUUACAAACAAAGCAUGUAACAGCAAAGACAUCAACAAGAUCAUUACUGUGAGUGGAACUGUCAUAAGAGCCUAUGAAACCUUGAUAAGGAAUGUCACCAGUGAGCUGAUAUGUCUGAAAUGCAAUGUUAAGGCAUACAGAUGUUCUCCAGGAAAAAGAAGGAAUAAGAUGCUCUGUGAAUCCUGUGGCUCAUCACUUUUGAAGGAUCGCAGAUGCUUUGGAGAGGCAAUACCAAGCCAGAAGAUAAGAAUACAGGACAUAGGAAAUCCUAACUCGAUGUCAGAAACAUUAGAAGUGGUUCUUGAGGAGGAUCUGGCAGGGAAAUUCUUUCCAGGGGAUAAGCUGCUGAUAACGGGGACUAUUCUUGUGAAAUGGAAGUCAUUCAAAAUAGGGGAACAGAUGGCUAGUUCUAUAUACAUGCAUGCACUUGCCGUGCACAAACAAGAUGAAGAGUCUAUGAAUGAUUCGCUUGGGAGGGCGUUCAUGAGUAAAUUGGAUGAGCUCAGUUACUUCGAAAAAAGGUUGUUUCUUAUAGGCUCAUUUGGUGAAGAGAUACAAGGGCUCGAAAAUGUCAAGCUCGGGCUUCUGCUAGCUUUAGCGAGUGGAUCCCAUACUGAACAAAAAGGUGGAGUAAGAUCUAACUCGCAUAUUCUCUUGGUCGGAGACUCUGGAACGGGGAAAUCACAUCUCCUGAAGACAUGCACGAGGCUUCUAUCUCCUUCGAUCUUAACUAAUGGAGUGGGAACCACACAAGCAGGCCUUACAACAUGUGCGGUAAGGCAAGGAAAGGAAUGGGUAUUGGAGGCUGGUGCCCUAGUGCUUGCAGAUACAGGGCUUUGCUGCAUUGAUGAAUUUAGCAAGCUCAAGAUCAAUGAAAAAAACGGACUAUUGGAGGCGAUGGAGCAGCAAACACUUAGUAUAGCAAAGGCGGGAAUUGUUUCCUCAUUGAGCACUAGAUGCUCUGUUAUUGCAGCAGUAAGCACAAGGCGUAGGUAUAAUUUCAACAAGAGCAUUUCAGAAAAUAUCAUGAUUCCGACUCCUUUGAUUAGUAGGUUUGACCUUAUAUUUGGACUAUUUGACGAUGGUAGUAGUGAGAAUGACUUGCUGGUUGUAGAUAAGAUUCUUAACAGAACGCCCGAACCCGAGCUUACAGAUAAGAAGCAAGGGUCAAUGCAUUGGGACGCUGGUGUCUUAAGAAACUACAUAAGCGUUGCAAGAAAGAGAAGUAGUACGAUUCCCGAUGAUUUGAAUAGCAUCCUUCUAAGCUAUUACCAUUACAGAAGAAAGACUGAGGGUGCUAGUGAGCUCAAUACAGUCAGGAUGCUAGAGAGUCUCGCAAGACUCGCAGAGUCACAUUCGAAACUUCUAAACGCCGGAAAAGUAACAGAAAACGACGUAUACGGUGCAAUUCUACUGAUGGAAACAACACUAGGUGUAAAGUCCCUUGUAGAAAUCAAUCCCUCCCGAGUAUUUGUUGACGAAGCUUAUCAUAAAAGAAUAGUUUCUGAGAUAAGGACAAAAAUCAUGAGUAGAUAG